GGGUGUUCCCGCUUCUCGUCGCACUCUCUCUUUUCUAUCUAUCUCUCUAUCUCUCUCUCUCCCCCCUGCCCUCUUCUCUUUGUACGCUUUCUCCCAGUCUUGGGUCACUGCUGUACUGGAAAGCAGUUCAAAGCGUUGCUGUGGACCCCUGGACCCUAAAGGCCCUCCAGAAACACCUGGACACAGGUUCUGUGUGACGUUUUCUGAGAUUUCUGGCAGAAACAGAAGACCGAGCACAGUCCCUACUGAUGGAAGCUGUUCUAAAUUUUGAGGGGGACAAGGACUUGUCCUAUGAGGACAAUGACUCCUCUCUAGGCUCUCCAUUCACCCUGAGUCCAGUGGGACAGACAGGCAGUUAUGACCUGGAGCAGGGAAGGCAGAAGGAGGAGGAGGAGGAGGAGCAGGAGGAGCAACCUGCUGAAAGCUACGCUCUCUCUAUCAUUCCCAGAAGUGUAGACGCUGCCUGGAACACUAACACAAAUGCCACCACCAGAGGUGACGCUCAGGCGUAUGUGGAGCUGAACGAGCUGCUGGGGAACAAAUGGCAGGAGACUGGCCGCUGGGCAGGCUAUGAGGAGUCCUACAAUCCAAUCACUGGUGCAUGGGGGCCCUCCCAUGUCUCUUACCUCACUUUCAAAAGCCUUAUCCAGCUCCGCAAGGUCAUGAGCACAGGGGCGGUGCUGCUGGAUGUGGAUGAGAGUGGUCUCUCAGGCAUUGCUGAGAGGAUUGUAAAUGAACUUCUGGACAGGAAAGAAAUUCGACCAUCCGAUCGUGAAGCCCUGCUGAAGGCACUGCUACAGAAACGCAGUCAGACUGAAGGACCUUCAACUGAGACUUCAGGCAUUGAUAUGAUUGAGAUGGUGCAUACCUUCUCCGUCACCAAACAGAGAGAUACAGCUGAUAGCGUAGAGGCAUCCAUCGUGCUGUCGGGUGUGGUGGACUCCCUGCAGAAGCCAGUAGUGGCAUUCAUGAGACUGCGGGAUGCUGUAGUGAUGGACGGCAUUCUUGAGGCUAACAUGCCCGUGCGCUUCAUCUUCGCCUUGGUGGGCCCCAGUCAGAGCGGCAUAAACUUUCAUGAGAGUGGACGAGCCAUGGCCACUCUGCUAGCCGAUUGGGUCUUCAGCUUGGAGGCCUACCUUGCCCAGAAUGAAAAAGAGCUGACCAAUGCAAUCGCUGACUUCAUGGACUGCAGCAUUGUGAUUCCACCCACUGAGAUCCAGAGUCUGGCCAUGCUUCAGCCCAUUGUUAACUUCCAGAAAAGGAUACUGCGUGAGAGGCUCCGUCCAGCUGAUACUCGCAUCGCCUUGGGGCAAAAAGCUAAAGGACCUGAGAAGCCACGAGAAGAUCCAUUAGCCCGAACUGGGUAUCCAUUUGGGGGACUGGUCAAGGACAUAAAGCGCCGUUACAAGCAUUAUGUUAGCGACUAUACAGAUGCCCUCAAUCCUCAGGUGCUGUCUGCUGUCAUUUUCAUCUACUUUGCCGCCCUCUCCCCUGCUAUCACCUUCGGCGGACUGCUGGCGGAUAAGACGGAGCAUAUGAUGGGUGUGUCUGAGCUGAUGAUCUCCACUUGCCUGCAGGGAAUCAUCUUUUCCCUGUUUGCUGCACAGCCUGUAUUGAUCAUCGGCUUCACCGGGCCGCUGAUGGUGUUUGAAGAAGCUUUCUUUGAGUUCUGUAAGUCCCAGGGCGUCGAGUAUAUUGUGGGACGGAUCUGGGUUGGCAUGUGGCUGAUCAUCAUUGUGUUGAUCGUGGUGGCAGUGGAGGCUAGUUUCUUGGUCCGCUUCAUCUCUCGUUUCACCCAGGAGAUCUUCUCCAUCCUUAUCUCCCUUAUCUUCAUCUAUGAGACCUUUGCCAAGCUUAUGAAGAUUUUCAAAACUCAUCCUCUGGUUCUGAAUUACGAGCAUUUGAAUGCGACUCUGGAUGACCCCUUCCACCCAGUGUAUGAGGUCGAAAAUGUUACAGACGAGCACGGUAAUAUUACUCACCAGCACAGUGUGCGUGAGAGAGCGUACCCCAACACCGCCCUGCUCUCUAUGUGCCUGAUGUUUGGCUGCUUCUUCAUUGCCUACUUCUUUCGUCAGUUCAAGAACGGCAUCUACCUCCCAGGCCCUAUUCGCCGCAUGAUCGGAGAUUUCGGUGUGCCCAUUGCCAUUUUCUUCAUGAUUGCCGUUGACAUCAGUAUUGAGGACGCCUACACACAGAAACUGGUGGUGCCACAAGGUCUGACUGUGUCCAACACUUCUGCCCGAGGCUGGUUUAUAAACCCCUUGGGAGAGAAAAAACAUUUCCCCAUCUGGCUAAUGUUUGCCUGCUUCGUGCCAGCUGUACUGGUCUUCAUUCUCAUCUUUCUUGAGUCUCAGAUCACCACAUUGAUUGUGAGUAAACCAGAGAGGAAGAUGUUGAAGGGCUCUGGCUUCCAUUUGGAUCUGCUCCUCAUUGUGGCUUUGGGUGGAGCAUCCUCCGUUUUUGGCGUCCCCUGGCUCAGCGCUGCAACAGUGCGAUCCGUCACCCACGUCAAUGCACUCACUGUUAUGACCAAAGGCCCAAAACCUGAGGUUGAAAAAGUGUUGGAGCAGAGGAUCAGUGGAAUGCUUGUGGCUGCUUUAGUUGGCAUAUCCAUUCUCAUGGAGCCUAUCCUGAAGCAGAUUCCCAUGACGGCUCUGUUUGGUAUCUUCCUCUACAUGGGUAUCACCUCUCUGAGUGGCAUUCAGCUAUGGGAUCGCAUGCUGCUCUUGAUUGUGCCCAAAAAGUACCACCCAUCUGAUCCUUAUGCCACUCGAGUUCAAACCUCGCGAAUGCACCUCUUCACCGUGAUCCAAGUGGUGUGUCUAGGAAUCCUGUGGGCAGUGAAGAUGAGCAAGGCCUCACUCGCCCUGCCCUUUAUCCUCAUCCUCACCAUCCCUCUGCGCAUGCUCCUGACCGGACGCCUCUUCACUGUCCUCGAGAUGAAAUGCCUGGAUGCCGACGAUGCCAAAGUGGUUCUGGACGAGGAGCCGGGUAUGGACGUAUAUGAUGAAUCUCCUUUCCCAUAACUGACUCCUUGCUGUUCACUGACCGUUUGAACUCAGGGAGCAGGCAACAAUUCUGACAAGUGCCUUUCUGAAACUAUCAAGUGAAUUACAGCUUACACCAACAGGAACUUUCAGCUGAUAGUGUUCAAAACUGUUCAUUCAUGAUUUGUUUAGCCCCUUGCUGAUUUGCAUAUCAUUGCUGUGCAAAGAAAACCAUGCAUCUCCAUGUAUGCAUCAUUUUAACAGCUGUCCUUUAUGUUGUAUGAAAAUUUUAUGAUGAAUGGACCAAUAGAAAUGCUCCAAAAUCACUUGGAAUAAUAUCUCUUUACAUUAACUUACAUGAUAGGGUAAGUGGGCCUUUGCCUUCUCCUGUAAAGUUCCAUUUUAAAGAUACUUGUUUUUUUGUUGGACAGCGAUGAAAUCCAUUUUGAUCAUUGGCCUGACCAUUAUUAUACAUUCCAUGCCAUGCUUUUCCAUGCUUUUUCCCUAAUGGACUGUUUAGCUGUAUUUAGGUUUUUUUUUUUUUACUUUAUUUUGGUUUUGCAAAUUGUGAAAUCUAUUAUCUUUUGUUCAUUAUUUUUAGUUUCAGCAUCAGCUUAGUCCUAUGCUGCCAGUGUGUGUGACUGAAUCUAGUAUUAUUUUCUACAUUAACAGUUGCCAAAAUAUCACAUUGUGCCUCCAUGAUUUGUCCGAAUUAUUGUUUUCACCAUUAUGUUUCAGGGCAAGAUCACCUCUGUAAAUAUCUUAGGCCUGAAGUUCCAUGAAUCAGCAUUUGAAUAGAUCAGAUAUUUGAGUGGGUUUGAAUAGUGAUGCAUGUACAUUUGAUUUUAUUGUUAUGCUUACUUGAUGAUUGAUUCUGUUUUCGAAGUCAUUUAACUAUUAAAAUUGUAUUAUCAAAUAAUC